UCACAGCUUCACGAACUGCACCCUUCUGAGAGAUGUAGGACUGUACUCCGGUGUAGCUGUCUUAUUUCUGUUCUGUCUAUGUGAUCUGCUCUGACUUCUACAUUUUCUUGGAGAGGUGCAUUUCAAGACCAAGAAUCAUGCAUUACUUCCUGCUGGGAUGUUCAGUCAUGGCGCUGAUUUACCUCUCAGCUGAAGAAAAGAAUAUCCACGUGUACCAGAAGCCACGAUUUUUUGGCGUUAAGACGGGUCGGAGUGUGAUAAUAUACUGUGUGUCGUCUCAACCGUCUUUGUCGGCUAAUGUACAGUGGUUCAAAGACCAGGAUUCCUAUCCACUCAAGAACCAAAACCAAAAAAUAGAAAUACACGAGAGGACUGAUAAAAGAAAUGCCUCCAUUACGAUAAGGAAAGUGGAGAUUGAAGACAGUGGCAUUUAUUUUUGCAAACUGAAUAAUACGCAUGGACCGGGAACUGCUCUACAAGUGUCCAGAUAUAGUGAGCCCCAAGCUGUCUUGCGGAGAUCGAGAAUCAAGGAUGUUAUCAUUUUCCUUCAGGCUUUUCUGUUGAUUUUGUGUAUUGUCGUUCCUCUGAUUCAGUUUUACAAGCUGGAGAAGAAAGAAGAAGCGGAUUAUGAAGAACCUGAGGAUGAUCACAUAUAUGAGGGUUUAGAAAUUGAGCAAUGUGGUGGUGAUAUAUACGAGGACAUCUCUACUUACGCCCAGCCCACAGAUGCAGCAUGGGAUGUUGAGUCCCCUGACCAAGAGUGAGAAAAAACACUUCCAUCAGAUAUCAGCUUCGACACCAGACACAAUGAUUACAUUCAAUCCACUGUCACGACUGACGCUCUGUUUGUGUAUGCACACUGAUGAUGUCACUGAGUGCGAGUGUAUGUUUAAAAAAGAUUUCACUUGAAAGCAUGAAACUAUUAUCUCGGUAGGAGUAACUAUGCAGUUUAUAUAAGUUUUGAUAUAAGGUUGUGACACUUACACAUUUACAUAUCAAUAAUUCAAGGAUGUUCCCAGAAUGUUCUCAGAACGUUGUGGCAAGGUUCUCUCAAACGUUCUUCCAGUAAUGUUUAUAGAAUGUACAUUCAGAGUUAUAUGGUCUUUAAGGUGAGACACCCCAGGUGAACAGGGUAAAUAAAUUAACUAAUAGAUAUCACCAUACUACCCCAGGUGAUUGAUUACAUUAAAAAUUGCAAACAUUUUUUGUAUUACAAAGUUUCUAAAAUGUAAUGUUUAAAUAUGCAAAUGAGGCGUUAUCUAAUUAAAUAUGCGCUAAUUUGCAUUACAUUUCUAGAACAAAAAUCUGAAUAUUGGAUGACGUAAGGUUCACAGUUCUCGUUAAAUUUUUUGACAUAUUAAAUUUAAAGGUUUUUACAGAGGGAAUUUUGGAUAUCUCUUUUUAUCACUCCAUAAAUCAGAAAAUACUAUCAACAGCCAGAAAAAAUAUAUAUUUUCACCAUUUUUUUAGGAAUAAAAUGUUGUAUGA